CCAAACGGUUCAGAUGUCCAGAGGGCUGCGUACUGAAGCAACCCUGAGCUCCUGCUCGUGUGACGAAACGAGCAUCAGUGGGACCGAGCCAACCACAGCCAGCGUCAUUUGCACACUAGAAGACGCACACGACAGUAACGCUCGGUAGUUGCUGUUUGUUGUCUUUUCAAAGCCCGUGGCAGUCCCAGCGAGCAUCAGUUUGCGUCCACGCUGCUUAACCUAGAUCUGCUUAAAUGAUCUUACAUUAAGUGAAAACGGCGUGGACAUGCUGUGGAGGAAUAUGCUGGUGCGCAAAGGGAGUCUCCAUCCCCACAGAGUGGAGCUGGAUAUGUAGCCGAAGCUCCAGGGAUGCUCCAAGCAUACUGCACCUUGGAAGUUGUCAAACGAUUCUUGUCUUCAACCCUCCAGCAAAGCCUCAUAGAUGAUAUUUCUCUGCGCGACUUCAUGGAUUUGGUUCUCUGAGGACCAUCUGAAGAACAGACAUGGCAGUGUCAAAGAUGCUGUUCUCUGACGUGGAAACUUUUCUGGACUCGCAUCCCGAGUUAUUCGAGGAUUACCUGAACAGAAAGGGGAAUUAUAGCAUGGUGGAGAAAUGGCUCAAGAAUCACCAGGCGAGCAAAAGUCCAACGGCUUCAGCUCCGGCCGAGACAAGAGAGGAGAAGAGCAACCCGUGCAAGGACAGCUGGGCGAGCAAAUGUGACGGUUUGCAGCGGAGAGCGUCUCAGAAGGAGCUGCGUAAAACUUUCGCCAGAUCCAAGGCAAUCAACGUCAACAGGACAUACGACGAACAUGUUAAUACCAGGGCGCAGGAGCCGCUGACGAGCAUGAGGAGGAGAGCACUGCUGAGGAAAGCGAGUUCUCUGCCCCCGACCACUGCGCACAUACUGAGCGCACUGCUGGAGUCCAGAGUCAACAUCCCCCAGUACCCUUCCACAGCCGUGGAUUUUAAAUAUUACCUCAAAGAACACAACGAGCGAGAGUUUUUCCUGGAGCUUGUAAAAGACAUAUCAAACGACUUGGAUCUAACGAGUCUCAGCUACAAGAUCCUCGUGUUUGUUUGCAUUAUGGUGGAUGCAGACCGGUGCUCCUUGUUUUUAGUGGAGGGAACGGGCAACAAGCAAACGCUAGUGUCCAAAUUCUUUGACGUGCACGCAGGCACCACAGUUUUACCCUCAAUGAAUUCAGACGAAGUUCAAGUGCCGUGGGGGAAAGGGAUCAUUGGUUAUGUAGCCGAGCACGGGGAGACAGUGAACAUCCCUGACGCUUAUCAGGAUCGUCGGUUCAGCGAUGAAAUUGACAAGCUGACAGGGUACAAAACCAAGUCACUGUUGUGCAUGCCCAUUCGCAACAGUGAUGGAGAGAUCAUUGGAGUUGCUCAGGCCAUUAACAAGAAUUCAAGUGGAGAGCUCUUCACUGAAGAUGAUGAGAAGGUGCUGCAGAUGUAUCUGCCCUUCUGUGGUAUUGCAAUCUCCAACGCCCAGCUAUUUGCCGCCUCAAGGAAGGAGUAUGACAGGAGUCGGGCACUCCUGGAAGUAGUCAAUGACCUGUUUGAAGAACAGACUGACCUGGAGAAGAUUGUCAGGAAGAUCAUGCACCGUGCCCAGACACUGCUUAAGUGCGAGCGCUGCUCUGUUCAGUUGCUGGAGGACAUUGAGUCACCGGUUGUGAAGUUCACCAAGUCGUUCGAGCUGCUCUCCCCUAAGUGUAGCGCAGACACUGAAAGCAGUUUCAAAGACAGCAUGGAGAAAUCAUCUUACUCAGACUGGCUCAUCAAUAACAGCAUUGCGGAGCUGGUGGCUUCCACAGGACUGCCUGUAAACAUUAGUGACGCCUAUCAGGAUCCUCGCUUUGAUGCUGAGGCAGACCAGUUCUCUGACUUCCAUAUCCGCUCAGUGCUUUGUGUCCCUAUAUGGAACAGCAACCACCAAAUUAUUGGUGUUGCCCAAGUGCUGAACAGGCUCGAUGGGAAACCCUUCGAUGAUGCAGACCAGCGUCUUUUUGAGGCAUUUGUGAUCUUUUGUGGACUGGGCAUCAACAACACCAUCAUGUACGACCAGGUGAAAAAGUCUUGGGCCAAGCAGUCGGUGGCUUUGGAUGUUCUGUCGUACCAUGCCACUUGCUCCAAGACUGAAGUUGACAAAUUCAAGGCUGCUAACAUCCCCCUGGUCUGCGAGCUGGGCAUCGACAAGCUCUCCUUUGAUGAUUUCUCUCUGGAUGUUGACGCCAUGAUAACGGCAGCUUUGAGAAUGUUUAUGGAACUGGGAAUGGUGCAGAAAUUUAAGAUUGACUAUGAGACGCUGUGCAGAUGGCUGCUGACUGUCAGAAAAAACUACAGAAUGGUUCUCUAUCACAACUGGAGACACGCAUUCAACGUCUGCCAGUGCAUGUUUGCCAUGCUGACGACAGCAGGUUUCCAGGAGACUCUGACAGACGUGGAGAUCUUAGCCCUUAUUGUCGGAUGUGUGUGCCAUGACUUGGACCACAGGGGCACCAACAACGCUUUUCAAGCAAAGACGGGCUCAGCUCUCGCUCUGCUUUAUGGGACCUCUGCUACACUGGAGCACCACCACUUCAACCAUGCUGUCAUGAUCCUGCAGAGUGAGGGUCACAAUAUCUUCUCCAACCUCUCGUCCACAGAGUACAGCGACCUCAUGCAGCUGCUGAAACAGUCAAUUCUGGCCACAGACCUCACACUUUACUUUGAGAAUAGAAACAUGUUCUUUGAGCUGGUCAGCAAUGGAGAGUACAAUUGGAAUGUGAAGGCACAUAGAGACAUGUGCAGAUCCAUGAUGAUGACAGCAUGUGAUCUCGGUGCUGUCACUAAGCCCUGGGAAAUAUCACGAAAGGUGGCUGAGCUGGUGACGAGCGAGUUCUUUGAGCAGGGCGACAGAGAAAGACUGGAGCUGAAACUCACGCCCUCUGCCAUUUUUGACCGAAACAGGAAGGAUGAGUUGCCAGGGCUUCAGCUAGAAUGGAUUGAUGGAAUCUGCUCUCCGCUGUAUGAGACUCUGGUCAAGUUGAAUCCCAAACUUCAGCCGAUGGUUGACAUGAUCAAAGCUAACAGGGCCAAAUGGGAGGAACUGAACAGGAAGAGACAACGCGGCCAGAGUGUUUCUGCACCCGCGAGCCCCUGCAGUGGUGACAGCACAGAAGCCAGUGGCUGCACUGUGGCCAAAACUGGCAGCACACCCUGCUGCAGUGGCAGUGCUGACGGAUCACCAUCUAAAGCAGCUAGUUAGCUUCUGCUGCCGAGCUUCUGAGCUGAUUUCCUAGGCUUAUUUCCUCCAAAAUGCCGUCUGCAAAGGAGGAAGUGCAGUGCAUGCAGAGAUUCAUGGGCUCUGCUCCUGUUCGCUUUUUGCUACUAGGGAUGAGCUUCAGACUUGAGUGUGGCGCUAUCCUAGAGGUUUUUCUGCUGCCUUCAGAUUCCCUGUGCUGAAGGGUGACAGAACUGUGUUUGGCAAGCUUGUCAGAGCAGCUACAAAUCAGCCGAUGACACCACGUCAGAAAGGAAACUCAAACCACUGUGUCAACAUGUCAGCCAGUGAGCUAACACCAACAAUUCCACGGCAGUGUACAGAUUUUCAGCACAGGCGUGGAGAAUAUAGGGGAGGAAUAUUUGUCUCUGCUGUGGUUUGUUUUGCUUUUGGCACCCCCUUGUUGGUCAUUCUUUUUGUCCAGGGUAACAGAUUAUUAUUAUUAUUAUUUGUAAAUCUGUAAAUAGGCUAUCGAGUUAUUGAAAAGAGUAAGGAUUGUAAUGUGGCUGUAGACUUUCUGAAGGCCAACGGGGUGCAGGAACAACAAAGACCUGUGACAGUGCUUGCAAUGCAAAUUGAAUUCCCACUCCCUCUCUUCCUGUGCCUUGUUUUAGGAUCCUAAUGAAACAUGCAUGGCCUCCGUGCUGAGGUUCUUAGAUAGUGUGUCAAACCACGCUGUAUUUUUUUUGCCAUAAUUUGUAAAAACCAGUGACUGCAAUUAACGUCUUGACCCCCAUAAACUUAAAUAUAUCUUUGCCUAGUUUUAUAAAUGCAGGGCCUGACUUAACACACACAAACUUACACACACACGCACACACACACAAACGUGCCUUGAUGAAGCUGUUCUGAUAUUAUAUUAACUUCUGCAGGAAAAAUCUUAACAUCUACUAAUUUAACACUAAUUUAACACUCGCAGCUGUUACCUAAAAAUAAAAUAUUCUUUAAUAUCAAAAGCCAUUGUUGGACAUUUUAAGAGCUGCCCUUUUUUGCUUAUAGCCAAUCAGUUUGAAAGGAAGACCCUUACCACUCUUGUGGUUAUCUGUUGAACCAGCAGGUGAUCAGAGCUUAGCAUAGAGACUGCAAACACGUGGAAGCAGAUAGCAUUGCUGUUUCUCAUUGUUUAGUGUCUGUAGCAGUUAAGGGUAUUUCCUAAAAUGUAAAACAUUUCAGUCUAAUUUCUGGCCUUUUCUAAAGUUCACAAAUGCUACCAGCUGUAUACUGCAUUUUAUUAAAAAAAAAAUUCCUGAGACAAUGACAUAUCACUUGUAGUCACAAACUUUUGUUUAAAUUAGAGCCCAGUCAUUAAUAUAUCGUUGGGACUUAAAUGAGAAAGUAAAAAUUUCCAUUACUGAUAUACUGGGUGAUAUUUUUUGAAGAUAUUGACAUAUAAUAUGUUAGUUAAAUGUCAGUUAUAUAUUCAUUUUUAACAUCACUAAAUAUUUCAUAAAAUAGCAAAAAACUUACUAUCACGACCCCACUUGACUCCACAGUUAGACUGUAUAUAAAGGAUGGACAGAGCCCUCGUUAAGCCACCCUUCAGUUAGUAAACUAAUGUGUGACUUAAGCCUUAAAUGUAUUGUUUUAGUGAAAUGAAGAAGAAGAAGAUCUGACUUUGAAACUGAGGGAACCACACAGUCAUUGGCUAACAACAUGUGACUCACUUCCUUUCAAAUUCUAAUGAUAAUUUUAAUUAAAAUACUUGGCUGUGUGGCUUAUUUAGUAUGCCUUGAAACAAGCUAUUAAAAUCAUCAGGGAAAUAUAUGCUGAGCGUAAAGAGCAAGGGAGCCCAGGGCAAUUUUCCUGUAGACAUCUAUACAACUGCAGCUCUUUUGACAGUCAAUGCUGCCCCCUGCUGGUUAUUUAAAGAACUUCCACAUUGGCGUCUCCGUCUGUCUUUUAUAUACAGUCUAUACCCAGCUGAGACGUAUACUCUUGUGCUCCUGCACAGUCCUGAGAGCUUUGGAGUUGGAGCCACCCUAUGGACAAACUAUGUGAUGACACCAUUUCUAAAUUAGGCUUUAAAUUGAACAUUAUUUAAAUUAUCAAACAAUUAUAAUAAGUAUUAUUUUGGGGUGGGGGUUUGCCUUAUGAAUUGUGUUGUAGCUUUUGUUAAUUGGAGUUUUACAACGUGACUGUGCACAUUGUGUGGCAUGGAUCUGUGUGCUCUGUAUUUUAGUUGAAGAGCUAAACUGAAGUCAGCCAGAUUGUUUGUUUUUUCUUUGUUUGUUUGUUUUGUUCUUUUUAAAGAAAUUGCAUGUCUUUAUGCAGUAUUAAAUUCAACCACUUGCUAAGGAUGUAGCAAAUAAGUGAGCCAAGAAAUACCUCGUACUUUCAUCAGUAAACAUUUUAUCUCAUGGGAAAUGCAUGACUUAAAUUCUAUUGCAUCAUGUUAUGUGAUUUACGUAUGAAUAUCACUGUUCUAUUUUCCAAUUAGGUGUCCGGGCAGGGCCAACUUCUACUCAUUUCUUUCCCGCAGUGUAACGUGCUUUUUGUGUUUCUACUUUCUCCCAGUUCGGACUCUGGAUUUAUUCACGGCAGGCUAAACUGUAAGAAAACUAAGGCAUGGAAAGGCAAAUGAGCGAUGUUUCUGUUGAGAGUUUAAAUAAAAACUGCUGCUACACGUGC